AUGACGAUACCCCGCCAAUUCGUGAGGGCCCUCCCCUCUGCCAACCUCAUUGGUAGACGACAGCUCACGACGCAGUCCCGCCGGACAGUUGCGCAAUUCUUGGAUUGGAAGCCCGAUACAGAAGUUCAGAAUGUCGUUGUCAACGGCUACGUUCGGUCCGUCCGGAACAUGAAGACUGAGCAGUUUGUCAACAUUGGUGAUGGCUCAACAAGGACCCCUCUCCAGGCCAUGGUCUCGAGGAGCCAAGACGAGAGCUCAAACCUGCGAGUCGGUGCUGCAGUCCGCCUACGGGGCUCAUGGGUUCCCUCCAAAACCGACGGCCAGACUCACGAGUUGAAGGUCGACAACGUUGAAGUUCUCGGCCCUUCCGACGCCAAGACCUUCCCCAUCCAGAAAAAGUACCAGACGCCGGAAUUCCUCCGCACGAUGCCUCAUCUUAGACCGCGAAUACCACUGAAUGCCAACAUCCUACGUCUGCGCUCAGAGGCCGUUGCUACUUUGACUCAGUUCUUCGCCUCUCGAGACUUUAUUCAGACCCAUCCGCCUAUAAUUACAUCGUCUGAUUGCGAAGGGGCCGGGGAGGUCUUCAAUGUCACCACGGGGCCGGCCGAGACAUCGUCCCCAGCACCCCAUAGUCGCAACAAGAAGACCGAAUUGUUCUUCCGCUCGCCCAAGUACCUCACCGUAUCUUCUCAACUUCAUCUCGAGGCUUUGGCCCAGUCGCUUGGCCAUGUUUGGACCCUCUCUCCGACAUUCAGAGCUGAGCAGAGCGACACCACCCGCCACAUGAGCGAGUUCUACAUGCUGGAAGCCGAAAUGAGCUUUGUCGACGACCUCGACGAUGUCAUGGACCUGGUUGAGGACAUGCUGCGUGGGCUGGUGACGGGCUUAUCCGGUACGCGGGCUGCUCGGGAGUUGCGUCACAGGCGAGCCCAGGGCAAGACACGAACCGCCGAGGACGAUCUGGUUCCAAUAGAAGAAGUCGAGCGUCGAUGGAAGGGUAUCAUGCAAAACCCGUCAUCUAGAUGGCCACGCAUUACCUACAGUGAGGCGAUCAAGCUGCUUCAGGCAGAGGGAGACCGUUUCGAGAUUAAGCCCACCUGGGAAGGAGGCCUACAUUCGGAGCACGAAAAGUUCCUUGCCAAAAGCCUGGGUGUUACCAAUGAGGCCGGCGCUUACAUGCCCGUCUUCGUCACCCACUACCCCCGCGAGAUCAAAGCCUUCUACAUGCGUACAUCAGCCUCUUCGGAUCUUGGACCUGAUGAAGCUGGUGCGACGGUUGACUGCUUCGACUUGCUGGUGCCUGAUUUGUGCGAGAUUGCUGGUGGCUCUAUGCGCGAGCAUCGCCUGAAAGAGUUGCUGGAAACCAUGGAGGCUCGUGGCAUGAUCCCGUCGUCCAACGGCAAAGAAGCGAGCAACGUCGACGGCAACCUCGAUUGGUACGUUGACCUACGCCGUUGGGGCUCCAACCCACACGGUGGAUUUGGUCUGGGCUUUGACAGGCUUCUCAGCUACCUUGUGGGAGUUCCGAAUGUCAGAGACGUGGUGGCUUUCCCUCGCUGGUUUGGUCGGUGCGACUGUUGA